UUCCUUUAGUGCAUAUUAGAGGUAAUAAAAAGAUCUCUGUACAAGUAAAAUCUGUAAGCAAAGAAAAACUAAAAGCACAAAUAUCAAACAAAGAUAUUCAAAAAUUACUGAUGAGAAUGAUUAGCAUAAUAUUCCUAAACACAAGACAAGAAAGACAG